GUGACGUCAACGGCUCGCGGACUGUUCGCUUGCGAGCGAAAAGAAGUCAAGGGAACGUUUACGACUGAGUCUUCUGUAUAAUCCUUAAAAUUUUCGGCCAUCCUUGGGUUUUCGAAGUGGAGGUGCCUUCAUCUUGACUAGGGAAAACACUAAAUGUAAGUUGAAUCGCAUCAUUGUAGUGUUAUUCUGUUUUCUUUUUCAUGACACUGUCGUUUUGCACCAUAGUCUGUUAUGUUUUUCAGUGCAUGACAGUUUGUGGAUUACAAGCCACAGUAAAUCGUUUUCCUGCAGGUUUCGGCGUAUGCAUUUUUGUAGAACAUAUAUCCUUAGCGAAGGCCCUGUUAAGCUAAAACAGAGACUUGAAAAAAGGCAUAAACAUCAAUGUUUACGACCUGAUCGUGUGGGAGUGUGCAGUAUAAUUAUAUUACAUGAAUGGAAAAGAAUUUCGAUUCCUUUGCGUUAUAUUCCUGCUGCUGUUAUCGACUUGCCUCCAUUUUCCCCCUUUAGUUUUAAGUAAACAUGGAUAGAGAAGGUUUAUGCUUUUCAGUGCUUUAAAAAGGACACGAAACUUGCAAGUGCGUCGAUCUGCUUGAGCCUCGGAAUUCCAUUUCCUGUCGGCAGUGUCAGUGAGUGGAUUUGUAGUUUCGCGCCGACGUAAUCGGUUGUACUACGCUAGUGUUCCAAUCCUUUCCUAUUUUCUAGCUAGCAGAUAAAAGACAUUGUUUGUGUUUUGUAUUUUCAGUCUCCUUUUGCUUUGCUUUUUUGGUUUAGGCUCGAUUUACUCGAGUCGGAAGUUGAAACUUUUGUCGUAAUCGAUCGAUCGAUCGAUCGACAGAACCAGUUGUGUCGUGUCACUUCAUUGAUUCCCUCUGUCUUCAUGUUCUUUGACACAAUAAAACCACCGUAGUAUUGCCCAGCUUUAUAUUGUUUUCAGAUUUUCCAUUUUUUUUCCAUUUUUUUUCCAUGCCUAUUUUGUCAUGGCUUGAAGGUCAUGUACAUGUACACGGUGGGCUGUGAUGCUUCAGUGGCUUUCAACCAUAUCUACCGACACUCGUCUUGCCACGUUCAAGUUAAUGUUGUAGGAAGGAAAACGAUAUUGACACUGGUUCAUUUUAAGAAUUGGAGAGAAUUAAAUCAAGUUGCAAAUUUUUGUGAUCAUUAGCAAAGGUCAAUGGGGAAUGUUUUGUGCCUCAAAUAUAUCAUACUGAAGUUACUGACAAACUUUUGUACCUGCAUUGCUUUUAUUUCACUGUUAUUCACACCCCUUCAUGCAAAACUUUAAGUGGUUUUUACACAGGUACUCCAUUUGGUAGCUACAAGUAUGAUGUCAACACUCUUGUCUUUAGCCAUACAGCAUAUUUAUUUUUCUUGUAAAAUGGCUCUGGCAUGGUGCUAGACAUGCACUGUAAUUUAAUUUGUACUUAUUUGACCUGAAAGUCACCAACUGCAGGGAUACUUUCCUGUGUGGUUUCCUCAUUGCAAGAUCACAGCUACAUAUUGUCUUUAUCAACCUAGGUACUUAGAUGCAUGCACCUCAAUAACUCGCUAUUCAUAAUAAAAUUUACUCAUCCCUCUUAAAUGAUGCCAACAGCUGGCUCUGUUUCUUCCCACAUCCAUUUAUGUUUUGUCUCACUUGUAUAGCUUUAUACUGGAAUUUGCUUGUCACAAACAACAGCAAAUGCAUCUAAAGUUCGUUCCAUUCACUGCCUCUUUUAGCCUUUCUUCUUCUAAGGAAAAUUUGUGAGUUCUUCUAUUAAGACAUGAUAUGUGAGCUUCUCAUCCUGGGGAUAUAAAAAAAGACAGUUUGAGGUUGUUUUAACACUGUUUAUUUACUUUGUUUGCAAUAAAAACCCUUUUUUUCUCUUGUUAUUUUAGAUAAACAUCCGAAGGCUCAAGCCACAUCAUACUGUUUGAAUGAGGCUGUGGAGCAAGACAUGAAGAGGGUCCGUCCUGAAGACCACGACGGUGUAUAUGGUCAAAACAGGCAGAGUUUCCGCCCUCCCCCUGUUCUUGCCCCAGCUCCUGUUGGCAUGACAACUAAUUAUGAACAGCUGCAGCAAGAUGGAUUAGGCGGUUUGGCACAAUUUCCUGGGGCAGCGCAGAUGGCAGGAACUCCAGGUUAUCAGUGAGUAUCUUAUGUUUCAACUAGUUGUUUUUGUUUGUUUUAUUUGUUUGUUUUUUUGUCAUCUUUGAUAGUGGAGAAACUUCUUGAGACAAAUUUUUAGAGGAUAAGCACAAAAGAGGGACAUUCACCUUACUCUUUACUAGAAUGUUGAGUGCAUGCUCUCUGAUUGUCUCCUAAGUGUCAGUUUGUUUAACUUAGUGAGAGUGGAGUGGGGGGGGGGGUGGGGGGUCAGAGGAAGGGGAAGAGUCAAAAUGCAAGUAUAGCAUAUUUAUAAUUAGAAACAAUUGUGUUCCAAUUUCAUGUUACAGUGGUGGUCCAUUUUUGAGUUUGUAUCAGUGUGGAUUUAUUUGCUGUUUAUGGGUUUAGCCAUUGCACCUGUAAUAGGUUUUUUUCACUGGGCAAAUGCUCCAUUUAUAUGAGUAUGCGGCAAAUUUUUUAUCUAUUAUAUCUACUAAUGUUAAUGUUUUUUUGUUUUUCUGUUAAAUUUGUGUACACAUCAAUAAAUUCCCUUUUUUUUAGAGGAGUACUGAUAACAUAAUUAAUGAUUUCCCUACACGUUGGGCCAAUGCAAUUUUUUUCUGGCUGUGUUUUUUUCCUCCCCUCAAAACAGUGUUGCAUAGUAAGCAGUCAAAUCAGUGAGCUAAGACAAGAAAAAAAAACAUAAGGUGUUAUGGUUUUCUUAUAUUUUGUUCUCCUUGUAUUCUUGAUCUGAUUAUUGCAGCAUUAUGAUUAUUUUUCGUUUAGUAAUAAGUGAUUAGUACAUGUACCUGCAUGCUUUGCUGCUUUAGACAACUGAUUUUGAUUGUGUUUUCUGUUUUAUUUUCAGAGUUCAAUCCCAGACUUCACAGUCACAUCCUCAUGUACAGAAUCCAGCUUCAGCCCAUCACCAGGUGAGUUGAUAUAUUAUCCACAGAAUUCAUUGUGCUUUCAUGAAAAUUGUUGAGGGGUAAUUUGAUCAUCUACUAUUUUAUUCUUGCAUAUGGUUUCACAGGAAAAAUAAUUUUUCAAUUGUGUCCACCUAUGGUUUACAUCCCCCAGUUAUUCAAAAGGAAUAUAAUGCACACCAUUAAUGGAUAUAUCUCUAUCCAGUGGAUAGUGCAGUUGGUUUCCUUAAUACUUAUCUGUCAGAUAGUUAACAAUUAAUGAAUGAGGCUGAGUAUCUUAUGAAGAAUUAUGGAGAUCGAGGAGGGUGUUACGGCCUCGACGGAUAACACCCUCCUUGAUCUCCAUAAUUCUUCAUAUGAUACAAAAGCUGAAUUCAAUAAUUGUUUUAUUAUUCAUUCAAAAUAAUUCCUAGUUUAAAAACACAGCUAAAACAUGCUUACCUCUAUUGAUGUUAAGUUCUCCUAUAGUGCACGUUUAGGAUUGCUCAGCUCCACAAAUAUUCUCCAAAUAGCAGAUGUCGCCAUUCGAGUUGUGUUCUUGCUGUUCUUGCCAUGUUUUUAGCUAUAAUUUCGCCCAGUUCUUACUCUUGAAACGAGUGAAAUGUCUGCCAUUUUUUGUUUUCACAACCAAAACAACUCAACCUCGUCCCCAGGUCUUCUCGGUUAACGGUACAUUAACCUGCAAGAACGCUGCAUUUUUGAUGUCAUUUCCUCGUUAAACACAGAAUUCUUCCAAAUUUGGUCACCAGUAACUGGUUAUGGUGAAUUAUGUGUAUCAGAAUUGGGGAAAUAUUUUGAAUGAAUAAUAAUGAUGUCUAAACAGAGGAUAAUGCUAUCCAAAGGAUAAAUAUCUAUCCAGUGGACAACACAUUGAUUUCCCUUAUACGUAUCCUCUGGAUAGCAUUUUAUCCAAUGGAUAACGCUAUCCAAUGUUUGAACAACCAGGCCCACUGUACUGUUUAUAUUUCAGGGCCAGGCUCAGGUGCAUGCACAAGCUCAGGCUCAAGGACAACAGCAGCAGUUCCAACGAUUAAAGGUAGAUUUCUUGAAGUGUGAACCAAAAAAAGUACUAUCCAGAAGUUCUGCUAAAGUUCCUUAAUAUGGGUACAAGGGGUAUAGGGAAAAGUUUAAAAUAUGGUGUUUGAUCUUCAUGUUAUUUCUUUGUUGUUGAUAACUUUGUUGCAAUUCCUUGUUUUUUACCAGGUUACACCCGUAUUAGCGUAUGCAGAUAAUCUUUUCAUUCAUUUAUGGUGUUUUUAUUAAUUUUGUAAGGUGGAGGAUGCCCUGUCAUACUUGGAUCAAGUCAAACUUCAGUUUGGAAACCAGCCACAAGUGUACAAUGAUUUUCUGGAUAUUAUGAAAGAGUUUAAAUCUCAAAGGUAUCUUGAAGCAUAUAUUCAAAGCAAAACCCAUUUUAAAGUUUCAUACUAAGAAAAGGGGGUUGGCUUUAUAAAUAAUUCUGUCUAUUUCCCUAGCUGUUUUUUGCUUUCUUUAUUUGACACACAUGAUUGCUAAGGACAGUGGGCAGAAAAAUAAUUUUCACAUCCUGCCAUCAUUCAUUAGUUUAGAAACAAGAUGUAACUGGGCCGCGUUAACUUUUGCAAAGACUUUUGGGACUGUUACUAAGGAGAGGGAAAAAAUUGGCCAAUAGCUCACUGGCGUGUCCCCAGUAACAACCCAAGAAACAAUUGCAAGGUGCAUUUCAACUCCAGUUCCCUUUCCGUUUCUAAAGUGACUAAGCCAAUUGACUAAUGUAAACGGCAAGCUCUGUGAUUUUGAUGUCGUUUUGAAGAGGAAGAAGAAGAGGUCAAUGCAGUUUUUUUCUGGCUGUGCUUUUUUCCUCCCCUCGAAACAGUGUUUUAUGCUAAACAGUCAGAUCAGUGAGCUAAGACAAGAGAAACAUAAUGUGUUAUGGGUUUGUUAUACUCUGUUUUCCUGUAUUCUUGAUUUGAUUAUUGCAAGAUUAUGGUUAUUUUUUGUUAAGCAAUAAGUGAUUAGUACAUGUACCUGCAUGCUUUGCUGCUUUGGACAACUGUUUUUAGUUGUCCAAAGCGGUGUUAGAAAAUGGAACAGAUCCCAUUUACGAAUUGUUUUGUAUAAUUUUUGCCUUGCGUUCUUUUUUUUUAUUAUUAUUCCCCAGUAUUGACACCCCGGGAGUCAUAAGCAGAGUAUCAUCGCUAUUCAAGGGACAUCCAGAACUUAUUGUAGGUUUUAACACCUUCCUUCCUCCUGGAUACAAAAUAGAGGUGCAUGCUAGUGACCCUGGAACUGUAUCAGUUACAGCACCAAAUGGACAGUCACAGAUCACCACUCUCAUCCAAACUAAUCAGCAUCCGGUAAGGGUAUACUCAAACUGAUAGGAUUGAAACUUUAUUCCAGUUGGCUUAUUUUAUUAAGAUGUACGGUAUGUGUUAAACAGAUUAUCGGCCCUACGUAAAAUUUUUGUGACCUUAAUCAUAAUUUACAGAGUGAAACCACUAGGUUUGUAGGUUUGUGUUAAAAUUGAUCAAGUAAAAGAUCAAGGGUGAGGUUACCCAUUGGUAAAAGCAUUGAUGUUCUUACCGCUUUGGUUAUACAUCCCUAAUCAACAAAUGUAUAACUGAACAGACACAGCAAAAAGCAGUUUGUUUUUUCUCUCCUAUAAUAGACGGAAUUGUUUGUGGGCGUUGUCCAAAUCAAUUUCGCUACUUUUAAUUUCUUACUUGUCAACAUCUUGUGCUUACCUUUUUCAAGACUUUCCAUGUUAAAUUAUCCCUAAUACUCAUGUUUAGGUUUCUAAUCUUUAAAGCAACCAAAAAUUCUUCACAACAUUCACCAUGUGUUUGUAUUCUUUCAAGUCAUAGAUCAUAAUGGCUUGACAGAAUGAAUAAUUAUUGAUAAAUAAGGUUUACCGGUAUGUUAUGAUAAAUUAUAGGUCCAACAAUCAAGUAGCCAACAGGCACAGCAACAACAGCCACCUCAGCAGAAACAACAACAGCAGCAGCAGCAGCAGCAACAACAACAACCCCUUCAGUCACCUACUGCUCAACAAGGACAGGUAUAUACCACUGUUAUACGUAUGCUUUAGACACUUGGGCAGUUUCAGCCAUAUUCCACAUUAGUGUUGAAAGUAUGACAAACAGUAAUAACAUUUACUACAGUGAAGUACUGAUUCCCUGCAAGAUUUCAGCCCUUGACAUACUGUUAGAAGGAGAAAAGUGUACAUCUAGUCUGUAGGCUUGAAUCUCAUUGCUGACUGUGCUUAAGAACUGUUUGUUUCUUUGUAGGGUCAACAACCUGUAGAGUUCAACCAUGCCAUAAAUUAUGUAAACAAAAUCAAGGUUAGUGCAGAUGUGUUGUUAUUUCUAGCGAUAGAAUAUUUGACUCUGGUCCACUAAGAAACUGAUGCUGUAGGCUCUGACUUUCAGCUCUUUAAAAAAUGGCUGGUAUUCUUCAGGUGUAUGAACCUAGAAUUACAAUUACAUAUAAAAGAAGGAUGCUGAGCAAUUAUACAAACGAAACCCUUCACAUCUCCAAAUUUAUCAGGGCUCUUGAAAAGUUCCUUAGAAUGAGCAACUAUUGAGCUUCUUCAAACGCAAGAAAUUGUUUUGUUUUUUUUACAACAAUGCCCCACAAAGCAAAACUGUCACAGUGAAUAACACUAGAAAAAUCCUUUCCUGCCUGAUGCGUCCGAACUCACGCAGAUGCUCGUCAGCUCUGACAGGUACCCUCGUCCAACCUGAUGUAUCCAUUGCAUCAGUUUCAUGUUUGCAUUGUUCCCUUUGUUCUGGCCUGCACUGUAUGUAGGUUAAUUAGUCAAUCAAUCUUUAUCAACACAUGAUAAAAAGGAAACUGAAGGGUGAGCCAACAAUUGCAAUUGAUAUUGUGAUGGUAAUCUUUAUUUCAGAACCGAUUCCAAGGGCAACCUGAUAUCUACAAGGCUUUUCUGGAAAUUCUUCAUACAUACCAAAAGGAGCAGAAAAACAUUAAGGAGGCUGCCAUGCAGGGAACUCCACUGUCUGAACAAGAGGUAUAACUUUGUUAUAUUCCUUUCUUUUUGGAAGUUGAAAGUUGCAUUUCUUCUGCUUAGUGAUCAAUGUUCUUCAUCAAUAUCAGGCAAUGAUGUUGACUGGGCUCACAUUUUCUUCUGUGAUGUGCUAGUAAGAUGUGAUCACUGGACAUUCUUUCAUGAAGGUGCUUCCUUUAGGGUUCACUGCCUUGUUGGUCUCUGUCCUUAUGUCUUUUUCUACUUUUAAUUAGGACAUUUACAUCUACCUGAUAGCUUGGUAUUGUUAGGUUACUGCAACAUAAUUGAUGCUUAUGUCACUGUCUUUUUUUUGUUUUUAGAUCUAUAUGAGAGAAGCUAAACUUGCAAAUGAGGUAAACAAAAAAAUUUGUUUUUGUUGUAUACCCACACUGGCAAAUGGCUACUGAUAGACAGUUACUCCAUUAUUUUGCUUGGUCUUUGUAUACAGUCAACUCCCGCCUUGCGUACACCUUGCUAUAACGGACAUCCCGAUAAUACAGAUAGCAGCUAGAUCCCAAGCAAAAGUAAAUCAUAUAUUUUUGACUGAAAUAAACCCCCGCCAUUACAGACUCUUGCUAAUGAGGACACUAACUCAAGGUCCCCACAGUGCCCACUAUAAAGGAAGUUGUGGUAACUCUGUUUACACCACUGCUCAUUGUGGAGGGAGGUUUGACGAGUGGCUUUGUAGUUCUGGAUUUCAGCUCAUUUACCUGAGGUUCAAAUCCCACUGUUUGGGGGCCUCAGUCUUAACUACCUGGUCUCCAGUACUUCUGUCAUAAAGUCUUUGAAAAAGAAAAAACGUACUUCUGUUGCUGAAACAAGUUUAAAUCAAUAUCUUUGGGUUUAGAGUAAAAUGUUAAAGGUGCUCUCAUUACAUUUAUAAAUGCUAUUUUAUGAGUUCAAACAAUCUGUAAUCUUAGUUGUAGAGAGCUAGGGGUAGGGGUCUCAACUUCUGUUUCUUGUCGCAGGUCUAUCAACAAGUUGCCAAGUUGUUCCAGAACCAGGAGGAUUUACUCCAAGAGUUCAGUCAAUUCCUUCCUGAUGCAAAUGGUGCAGCCUCCAUGCCAGGGGUAAUUUCUUCAUUAUUUUGAUUUUAAAAUUAUAUCCGCCUUAGGGUAGGAUAGAAGAUUACUUACAUUUCAGUUCCAAAGUAAGUGUUGAAAUAUAUCAGGUUUUUAGGGUGUGAAAAUAACCUUUCCCAUUUGGUGACUUAAACCCAAGUUAUGUUCUAUAUAGCUUAAAGGUAAAACAUUUGAUAUUAUGAAGAUCUUUGGCUUGACCAAUUCAACACUUUAUAUUCUGCAUUCAAAUACUGGCUCCUAAUCACUCUGGAGUCAUGAUUAGUGCCCUGUUUUGUCUCAGAUCAGCCAAAGCAGUAAUUUUAUUGUUCCCUUGGUCUUAACUUAAGGUUGGAAACAGUUGCCAGAUGCUAGAUGUUGUUGUGUUUUGUUUACUUUCAUGGCAUGGGUUUUAUUUCUUCUUUUUUUUCCAGGGUCUGUUAUCAUCAAGUAGACUUCAGUCCCAUUUAUCAUCAGCAAGGAAUGAGUAUGCACCUCCUGCCAAAAAACCUGCAGGUUAUUUGAACUGAAUUAAUUAUGACUGUGCAUGUUGCUUUUCAUUGUUAAAAUGGUUGUGCUUACUAAGGUUGUAUGAAGGAAGGUCCUAAGUGAUUUUUGAUCUAAUAUCGAAUUCUCCACAUAAUUUACACUCAUACAUGGUAAAUUUGAAGGAGAAUAAUGUAGUUUAUCAGUCACCUGAGCCUUUGUUUCAGGCACCUCGUCAGUUACACGUGACAGUCAUACUUGUAAUCAAAUUACAGUCGUAUUCUAUAAAACAUGUAAUAAUUCUCAAAUAUUCUUUGCAGUGGGAUUAAAUUCAUCAAAGCGCAUGUCACACCAAAUAAGAAGAAAUUCAAACAGUGUAUCGUCAUCCCCUACUCAUCCUCAGGCAAAGGUAAACAUAUUAAUUAAUAAUAAAAGAAAUUCUCAUUUUAUUAGCACACACCAAAGUUCACCUGCAGUUGAACUUAGGUUAGGCUUUUUGAACAGGAAGUGCAUAAAACUGUCUGAGCAAUUAACAAAAAUGAAAAAAAUAGUGGGGUUGCAGCCAGGAUUGAUCAUACUAAAAUGUUGAUAGUACAUUGCAGGUAAUUCUUUUUCAAGUGGUUUUAUUGUUAGUUUCCUGAUCUAUGCGUCUUUUUUUCCCUCUUCACCUAGAAGAAGUCAAGAAGUGCUAUCAAAGAUGUAUCUUUGGCAGAAGCCCAAAAAGUUGGCACCUUCUCCGAAUUUGCAUUCUUUGAAAAGGUACAAAAAACCUUUUUGACACUCAAAUUGAUUAAAGCGGCAGUCAGUAACAUUGAUGUGUAGAUGUGUUUUGUUUUGGUGAAAAGAGUGAUGUUAAGCCAUGGUUCACUGGAGUUUUGGAGCAGUUUUACUUUUUAUUAUACACUCCUUUGGUUUGUUAGAUAGUUGUUCCUUCCUUCUUGUUUCAUGUUGUGUAAGUACUGUUUAAAAAAUGAGCAGGAGUGUAUUAUCAGGUUUAAAAACUCAAGAUGAAGCUGAGAGUUCUUACAGCUGAUGAUACUCAACUUUGAGUUUUUUGAACAGCUUCAAAAUCUCUGAUAUAGAUCAACUCAUUCUUGCACUAAUAUUUAGAUUUGGGGUUAUUUGGGUCUAAAAAUUGGACGUAAAGUUAAGCCAUGUCUUAUUUCAGAUAAUGUAAAGACACUCAUUAAACAUUUAUUUUUUUAUCUUUUUUCUUUAUGAAUUAUUAAUGAGGUUUUGAAAUUUGAGGUAAUAUUUCAUACCCUUUUUUGAAGGUGAGGAAGGCUCUGAAGAAUCCUGAAUUGUAUAAUAACUUUCUUCGCUGUCUUGUGUUGUUCAACCAAGAAGUGAUCUCCAGAGCAGAACUUGUGCAGCUGGCUGCCAACUUUAUAGGGUGAGCAUCUUGAUUAACAAGGACAAUUUUGGUCCUCGUCUGUUUCACUCAUCUAUUUUGUGUCUUGUUCUGUCUUUGUUUUCUUCAGUGCCAGAUUUGUCCCUACUUAAAAGUUCUUUUAUCUAAAAUGCACUCUUAUUAUCUCCUCAGUAAAUAUGCUGAGCUGUUUCAGUGGUUUAAGGAAUUCCUUGGCUAUAAGGACUCCUCUCCCAUGGAGAGUGUGGCCAGCUUCAAAGAGAGAACAUCUGGUGAACUCCAUCAUCUUGAGAUUGGUAUGUACCACUCCCCUUGACCUUGAAUGUCUGCAUUUUGAUAAAUCUUAAUUAAAAUCUCAAAGUCAACCCCUAGGAUUUUGCAGUAACGAUCAUUAAAUUUUCUGGUACCAUGUCAUUACUCUGGUCUUAAAAUAACAGAACUGAAAAAUAGUUUCCCAGUGACAUUUUCAGCCUUCAGGAUCAAUUAACAGAAAUUCACUAUUUUUCCACACAGAUGCUUAGCUAGUAGAGCAAUUCUUAGUUAUGACUCAGAUUAUAUAUGAAACUUAAACAUUGAUUAGCAUCUAUCAUCUUUCUAUUGUUCACCAUCUUAAAUGGUUUCCAAAAUGCAUUGAACGUUACUGGUUUAUGGCUUCCAAGGCCAAGAAAAAAAAAUGACUUCCAAUAAUUGAAAACAUUUAAGAGGUGGGUUCCCAUGAAUUUUCAUUGAGCCAAAAGAAUUGUUACGGAUGGUUUUCAGUGAUCUCUGGGCACAGAAACAACAAAUCCUAGUGCUUGAAUGUGUGUCUAUCAAAUGAAGCUCUUUACAAAUUCAAAUCUCAAGCAAGAAGGGACCACAUCCUUACAUGUACCACUUGGUCAUUCCAUCAAUUUGAACUUUGACACCUACCUUGUGGAGAGGGAUGUGGUAUUUUAGACCAUACCCAAAUUGGCAUGAUGGCUAGAGGAUAACAAAAACAAUCAUGUAAAUUUGAUCAAACAGUUCCAAUAAAAAUCCUGUUCAACUACACAUGCCAUCAAACUUCCCUCAAAUGUAAUUAAUUUCACUGAAUUUUCUGGGUUCUUCCACAAAAAUAUUUCCCACCAUAAUGAAGCCUAGAAAAUGCCUAGCUAACAAAAAGGAAAAUUGGGUAAGAAUACCAAGUGAACUGGGGUGGGGAAUACAACAGAAGGAAACAGUCAAACGUUUGCCUUCUGCGUGUGCUCAAAACUCUAAACCUGUUACUCUUCACCAACAAUGGCUACACUUUUAAAUUACACUUGUAAAAGUUUUAUCAAAUUGACCCCCAAUCUUUUUUUUGUUGCUUAGACUAUUCUUCGUGUAGAAGAUAUGGUACAAGUUAUAGAGCACUCCCUAAAAGCUACACUCAACCAAAGUGCAGUGGACGUACAGCCCUGUGUAAAGAAGUCCUCAAUGACACAUGGGUAUCUUUCCCAUCAUGGUCAGAAGACACACCAUUUCCUGGAACAAGGAAAACACAAUAUGAAGAGUACAUUUUUAGGUAAAUAUUAAAAUGCUAUAUCAGCAGUGAUAUUAUUUUAUUAAGAUGUGCAUCUGAAAUGGAAGAAUAGAAAGCAACAAAUUUAUUUUAAAAUAAGGUGUGAAUAAACUCAACCUGUUGCUGGGUUAUAUGAAGCACUUUGUCAGCAUCACCAUCUCACUGGCAAAUGGUAAAUUACUUGGUUACAUUUACUUGUUUUCUUUCACAGCCUUUGCUUAACUUAAAGCCUAAAGGUUUAUAGACUUUCAAAUUUGUGUUUCACUCUCUUUGUCAUUUGUUUUCAGAUGUGAGGAUGAAAGAUUUGAGGUUUGUUUGGAGUUUAAUAAUUUGUGAAUAAUUUUGAUAUUGUAAACCUUUAACUUCUCUUAAGAGUUCUUCCUGAAUAUCAAUGAUUCAUACUAAUUAAUUAAAGUGGCAAUAUUGUUUUUUUCAGCUGGAUGUUGUUUUGGAAUCCAAUCUUUCAACAAUUCGAGUUUUGGAAGCAAUUCAUAAAAAGCUUCAAAGGUAAGAUUGACCUUCACUUAGCAGUACUCAUCUCGUGCUCUUUUUCUCCCUAUUUUACUUCCUAUAUUUUCAAACACUUUUGAGAGAUGUACCAAAGGUAUUACAGCUUCAAGGUUACCUGCCAUUUUAACUUGUUUUGUUUUUGUUUGCUUGCAGAAUGCCAGCUGAAGAGCAAGCAAAAUUCCGUCUUGACAGCUGUAUAGGAGGAACAUCAGAAUUCAUCCACCGAAAAGCUAUUCAAAGGUAUUUAUUCACAAAUUCAGAAAUAUGUUUCAAAAGGGUGAGUGGAGAGGCUGAAGGUGUCUGUCAAUCUUGUGUCUUAUCCUCGUCUUGUCUCACAAUGAAACACAAAGUAAUCUGCGAUUAACUUGUUACAAAUCACUAAGGGUUCUGUUUGAAGCACUCCUUCAUUAUUUUGGUUCUCAAGGUCUCUGUCAUUAAGAGUGUACAUUAUUCCAGUUGAAGUACCUUUUUUUAGCGGUUUCUUGUCUCUGGUCUCUGUUCCUACGAGGCCAUUAAAUCUUCAUUUGAUGUUAGUGCUAAUUUGAAUACAUGAAAGCACUUAACAAAUAGUGGUGAAAAAGAUAAUAGGGCCAUUUAUACAAGGAAAAAUAAGACGCAAACUUUCCAUGUAAACAGCACAUUUUGUCUAAAAUAAGACGCAGCUUAGCUAAGACGCGUCUUAUUAGAUAAGACAUGCUCGUAUAAAUGGCACAGUUCGCAUCUUAUUUAAGACGCGUCUUAUUUUUCCUUGUAUAAAUGGCCCUAAUAUCCAUGGCUGAGUUUAAAUCAACUUUCAGGGAUAAGGACCCAGACUUUUCCAUAUUUAAGGACUGUACAGUCUUUAGCUGGAAGUUUCAGAAGAGGGAAAUGGUUUACUUAGUUGAGUCACAUCCAGUGCUUAACAUAAUAGUAAACUGUUGUAAUAUUUUUUAACAGGAUUUAUGGAGACAAGGCUCCUGAUAUAGUUGAUGGUUUAAAGAAAACACCUGCAGUGGCUGUGCCACUAGUUUUAAAGAGGUGAGAAUUAGUUUUAAACUAGGGAUUUUUUUUAUCUGUGGCUGUUGUUAUAGAUGCAGGAAGGGUGUAUAACCUUGCUUGUGUGACUCAGACUUCUCUGCGCUUGUCAACGUCUGUUUAUAACUAGUAGUAGCAAAGCUUUGCAAUACAAAAAUUAGGAUGGAAACCAACUUAAUGAAGGGGGCAGAGCUGGGAGUGUCAGUAAACACUAGGGGCACUUUCCAUUUAGUUGCGAGAAUUUACGGGUCGGACAGAUCCAGUACUAAAGAGAAUUCCACCAUUAAUCCAGCCAGAUCAUUCUAUUCGUAAAUGGUUUAGUCGACAGUGGUGGGAAUUUGCCAUUUAAAUACCCAAAAAUACAAGAACCUGUUCAGCCCGGCAAAGAAAAAUAGGUUCUUGUACAAAAAAUCACUCCAAUUUUGACGGUCAAAAUUCUGGAUUUUAAUCGUGAGAAACUUCUGAACCUAUGAGAGGCUGUUAUUAAUUUUGUUAUAACAGUAUUGUUAGAUUCCUCCCAAAUUAUCUUGAUUACAUCCAAGUGUAUUUCCUAAAGAAAUCUCUAUAAGAAGGUAUUUAUGACAACCACUGCCAGUGUAGUUUGAAAAGUAAUUUUUAUGCUACAGGCAGUACAAAGAAUCUUAUCCUAAACCCUGUAAUAAUUUUUUUUUCUACAUCUGUAGAUUGAAGACCAAAGAGGAGGAGUGGAGGGAGUCCCAAAGACAAUUUAAUAAAAUAUGGCGUGAUCAAAAUGAAAAAUAUUAUCUCAAGGUAAAAGGAAGACAUACAAACAAAAAGCAGUACAUGUUGGUGCUUUCUCUGUAUAGGAAUAAGUGUUUUUUUCCUUUUGUAUGAUCUCCUUCGAGUAGAAGGCCAGGGCUGUCAUUAAAAUUUUAACUUCCCAAGUAUAUGCAAUUAAUUUUUUAGCCUGUUGUAUUUUUCUUUUCUAUUGCAGUCCUUGGAUCAUCAAGGGAUCACCUUCAAACAGAAUGACUUAAAGUCCAUGCGAUCAAAAAGUCUGAUUAAUGAGAUUGAGACUAUUUAUGAUGAGGUGAGUAGAUGUCACGAUAUACAUGUAUGACAACUUUACUUGUUAUUGUGAUAAUGCCAGUCUUCACAGCUGGUAAAUUUAACUACCACAGAUUGUGUUAAACAAAAGGAUCAAGCAAUACAACUCCAAGCAAGACCUUGUUGUGUGAUUCUUGUUUUAUAUAAUCUGUUCCUGUACUUGUAUACAGAAAGACCAAGCUUGAAGGCUUCUUUCAGCCAUGGUAGAAUUGUAAAAAAAUGUUCAUUAUACUGUGUCAAAUCCAGCUUGAAGAAUGCAAAUUUCCUUAUUAGUGAAACUUAAAAGAAGUUUAAGAGGCAUUAUGACAUCAAUGUUCGCUAUUUUUCAUGUAAACAAUACACUUGUGGAAAAUGUUUAUUCAGCAACAAGGGGAAGUCUUCUGUUUAUCCCCCUCUGUGAACAAAACAGUAUAGUUUUAAAGCCAUUUUCUAGAUAGCACUUUCAAAGAGACAAGUUUUAGUCUAAUUUUCCCCGCUACUCCUUACUGUUUGACUGUUUCCUUGUGGUAGCUUAGUAACAUUUGGCAGUGCUAAGCCACUUUUACCUUCCGAUUCAUAGAAAUAGUUCCUCAGUUUUUCAAGUCGCAGUAAAUCUCUUUAUGUUCCCUCUUCAAGUGCUUGCUCAUUUCCUGGUUUGUUUUCCUUUACAGAGAACAGAACAAGCUGCAGAAGGUAAUGGGGAUGCCACUGGUCCUCACUUGGGCUACAGCUAUCAGGAUAAAUCUAUUCUAGAUGAUGCUGCUGGACUGAUUGUUCAUCACAUGAAGAGACAGACCAGUAUCCACAAGGAAGACAAAGCCAAGAUUAAAGUGCUGCUGCAUUGCUUUUUGCCAGACUUGUUCUUUGCUCCCAGAGGCGAACUAAGUGACGAUGAAGACUCUGUCAAGGAACUCAAUGGUCUAGGUGAGUGGAGACCCUUGAGUCAUAACAGUGCUAGGGCGUUUGAACCGAUGUCAGUAACCCAAAGUCAACUUGCAUUUUUAUGCAGCAUCUGUUAAUCGUCGGUUUGUGAUUAAAAGGCCAUGUUUCGUUAUAAUCUUUAUUAGUUUUUUUCAGAUGGUUAGUUAAAGAGCAGUGAGGUUUUUGAUCCUUUACAAAACUGAGAAAAUUCACUCAUGGUAAUACACAUUGGUUUAGUUUAAUUUAGUUUAGUUCUAGUUUUUAUACCCUUUUACUUGUCAGUAGUAGCCAGAGUAAGAAAUCCCCCUCCCUCCCUCCCUCCCACCCUUGCUCAAAAAAAAAUCUGCUAAAGAGGCUUCAUUUGAAUGGGUACAUCAGAAGAUUUGCCCAUACAUUUGAAAGUUGGAGUGACAAGGCAAUGUCACCAGAAAGUGAUGUAAGAGUGAAAGGUUCAAACUUUCAUUUUUCUUUUUGUUUCAGGAAAACCUGAACUGACUAAUGGUUUACCAGAAGCAGAAGCGGUAAGACAUCAUUUUAGUGACUUUCUGUCCUUUGGGACACUCCAAUAUGAACACUUUCAUAAGGCUAAAUUUUACUAGCUGUACAUCUUUAAAGGGUUUGUACAGUGUCCUGAAUUCUUGAAAAAGUCUUGAAAUUUGCAAAGCAAUUUUGUAGACCUGGAAAAAGUCUAGAAAAAUGAUAAAACGUCUGGAUUUUUUUGCAAAGGUACAAUUCUCAGUCAAUCUUGCCAGUAGCCAAGACAUUCAAUCACAACAUGAGAAAUUUCAGAACUCUCUUAUGUCCACGUUGCACCAUGUUUACUGUACGUUUGCAGUGUAUUAUGAAAAAAGCUUGGUCGUGUGUUUUUUAAGAUCUCCACUGAUCAACUAUUUUGUAACCUUAAUAAAUUACCAAUAUUGUUUUGGAAAAAAAGUGUGUAAAAGUCUUGAAUUUUAGAUCCAAACAUCUGUGCAAAACCUGUCUUUAAAACAUUUGGUAUACAUCAUUGCUGUUUUGGAGAUAUGUCCUUUCAAGAAAGAAAAAUUAUUUGCAGCUCUGCUAAAGCCUCCCAAACAGAUAAUACUUUAUCCAUUAUCAUGAGUUUUUUAUGAUGAUGUCCUCUUCAGCAUGAAUAAUUUUGCUACGAUGUAAUUUUCCUUUUCUUUUCUUAUUUUGCAGGAUGAUGCCUAUAACUUAAUAUUUGUAAAUAACAACUGGUAUUUACUCUUCAGACUUCAUCAGGUAGGCCAAGAUGUCAGCAACAUUCUUAAAAUCUUCACUGACAGGAAGACUUGGAAAUCUAACCAGUCAAAAAGUGCACAGAAAAAAACCUUCAUAACAUUACAAAAACGUGCAAGAAGUAUCAUUUGAGAAUAAGAAAGUUCAAUGUGUCUUAAAAUCUGAUAAGACAAGUUUCUGUGUUCAAUGUUCUUGGUCAAAGUAAUACAAAACUUGGGUGUCACUUGAAGAAUGAACAGAUCUGGAUUUUUCAGCUGUCCGUAAUCUCACAGGUUGUAUUCAUUUAAGAUUUUCAUUUCUUUCCUCAUUUUGUAUAUUUGUUUCUCUUGUCGACUUAAUACAAGACUAGUAGAUCAGGGAGGCAGGAAACCCCCUUUUAUCAGCUAAUAAACUACAAAAGGUGUUAUCUGUGAUGCAUAAAAAGAGAUCUGUACCAAAGGCGAGAGAACAUGCUCUCUUGCCAAAGAACAGUACAUAGCCGUUCCCCGUUUUUUAACUUGAUAAAACAAUCCUGCCAACUUCUGUAACAGUGUCUUGUGUGUGUCAUUUUAGAUGCUGUGUGAGCGGUUGCUGAAGAUGUAUCAGCAGUCCGUUAUGAUAGCAGAAGGUGAAGCAUCAGAUAAGCAGCAGAGAAAACAGGCCACAGCGAUUGCAUUACGACUGAAAGCACCCAGUGAGAUAGACCUGGAAGAAUACUAUCCUGCAUUUUUGGACAUGAUUAGAAACUUACUUGAUGGUAAGUUGCUUGCUUCAAAAUUUGUUGUUGUUUGUUUGUUUAUUAGCUUGCUUUUUACUAUUUCUUUAUUUACUUUAGUCCAAAUGGCACGAAAAGGGGGCUGCAAGAAUUGCAGGAAGAGAGUAAGAUUCGUCUGAUGACUAGAAAGCUUGACCCGGCAGUAAAUGAGACCUUAAUGGGGCUCCAUGAAGCACUCAUCAUUUUUUUAUUGCCCCAAACAAUAUCCUCAAACAAUAUCCCCAAAAAUUAUCCCCAAACAAUAUCCCCGGACGUAAACACAAUAGGUGCGAUUUCAAAGAGAAAGAAGAUGGUGGAAGUUUCUGAAAGUUUCAUGGCUCCAGUUUAGGUGGUCAAACCAACGCCCCAUUCACAGCUAAACAUGGUUUAAAAUUGUGUGGUUCAUAGUUGCUGCUUACUGACUUUUGGUUAUUUUGAAAAUUUCGCAAAUUACGAGUAAAAUGAUCACCUAAGGAAAAAUUCUUUGAUCUUUUAUCAAAUUCCCUCACUUUGAAAGUCACAAAACCGUGAACACCAAAAAUAUUUAUGGAAUUCUAUUGUGUUGCGAGAAAUUAGCCAAUAAGGCGCGAGAUAAGUGAACCGCAAACAGCAACGGUAAUUAGUUUGUGGUUGUGGGGUUUGCUUCCGUAUCCUGAAAUUGGCCAGUACACAAUCGACAUUCCUGAAAAUUUUCAGGUGUUCACGGUUUUCUGAGUUUAACACUAACUAUUUCCCCGGGAAAAUGUAUGGAAGUCAGUCUGGAGAAUUAGUCCUUGGAUACAAUGCAUGUGUUCUUUCUGUUGUAACUGAUUUCAGGUAAUAUGGACUCCACCAACUUCGAGGAUACAUGUCGUGAGAUGUUUGGUGUACAUGCAUACAUCGCAUUUACCAUGGACAAGUUGGUUCAGAAUAUUGUUAGACAGGUAGACACUUGAACCUUGGUUAUGCGGCUACCCUUUACUUAGCAGCCAGUCCCAAAGGGCAAAAUUGGUAGUUUGUGACUGUAACCAGAGCUUUAAUUAAGCAUUUCAUCUUUUGGUAAUUUUUAGCUUCAGUGGACCUCAUUUUCUUAUGGCAAUACUCAAGGGCGUAUGCUCAAAAAAUCAUUCUUGCAUGGACUUUUAAUUUCAGUAAGACAAAGAUCGAAUACGUUUCACAUUGCUGUAAGAAUUUGCCAUCAUGAAGUCAAGAAAAAUAUGCUCAGGAUAAUCGUGGAGUAAAAAUUUUAGCUUUUUUUAUGAUGUUCAGCCGAAGUGGAUACCUCAAUUUUAACAUUGCUAAUGAGAUUUUAUUGUAGUUCUUUUAGUUACCUGUUUCGAAGGGUCAAAUCUGCUGAGCAUAUGACGUGUCGUCAACUUAUAAUGUGUUUCAUCACUUAGCUUCACACGAUUGUAACAGACGAGACAUGUGGACAGGUGACUGAACUCUACCAACAGGAGCAAGGUAACCUGGCCACUGGAGGAAGCUCGGCUACACAGCAUACCCGUGCUGCAUCUGAAUCAGCGUAUCAAAAAAGAGCAGAGUCCCUUUUGUCAGACGAGAACUGUUACAAAGUUGUCAUUGUAAGUAACAUAGCCUCAUAAUUAUUGUUGUGCUGUGAUUAAUGCACAGUUGACUCCUAGUCUGCGUCACCGACAAAACUUAACUGUGGUUAAGUCCGUCUGCAAAACAGCGACGAAAUCGUUGUUCUGGGCCCCCACCUGGGUACCAGGGUUUGAGUACGACCCAUGAUUGCCUUGUUAACAAUGCCAUUGUCAAUUUGCCAGUCAGGAUGUAAGGAAGUUCGAAACGCACGUCCGGUAAUUCUUUGAGUCCGUUGGGGGCUCAGAACAAAGAUAUCGGCAUUGCUUCACAGACUUCACCAACUGGUGAUAAACCUGACGAGCUUUUGGGAUUUCUUUCAAAUACUGUAAUUUAUUGCAAAAGGUGCAUGUGCGUUCUCUCUUGCGGGCUUAGACUCCAAAGCUGUAAUAGAUGGAAGCCUGUCACCUUUGCUACUCUUUGUGCCCUACUUCCCAUCUUCUAAGGUGCUCCUUCAAAUCCGCAUUGAACACAAAUAAUACUUUUGCAGCGUUGCAUUGCAGACUGAGCGAAAACGUUUUUAUCGCUGUAAAAUUUUUAUGAAGCUCUGGUCUCUUCUUACAACAAGAGAACAGUGCAAUUUCCGUUGCUGCCGACAAUUGAAUCACACCGUACACGUUUCUUACGGUAAGAGACUAACACAGUUCUAAACCUUUUCAACAGCACAAAGAUAAGAAUAUCUGCCGUUUGAGUUUGGAGCUACUUGAUUCAGAGGACAAUCACUCGGAGGAUCCAGCGGAAGUUGAGGUAAAGUAAACCCGCGGUGUUUUUUUAUCGCUCAAUCGUCUUGUUUUGGUUUCUCACAUAAUUGCCCUCACCAGCUUCUCAUGCGCAGUCCACACGUGUCCGUUUUUGUUUGAAAACGGGGAUUUUUUUUCUCCGUUUUAACAAAAUCCGCGUCCACCCGGUGCGUUUUUGAAUCGUUUUUGUCCGUCCACUCGAAAACGCAAUAGUGACUGAAAACGGUACCAUCUUUGAUGGGAGCGUGCGCAUUCCCUGGUACCCAAAAUUGCGUUUUAAAAAAUCCCCACUCCGGCGAGCGUUUUCGAAAAGAUUCGUUUUCGAUGACCGUUUUCACCGGAUGCGUGUGAACGGUAGGCUGAACCGGAGAAAAAAUCUUCGUUCUCAAACAAAAACGGAUACGUGAGGACGGUGCGUCGUGCCUCAUAAAGAAAAGGAACUAUGGAAUGGGGGUUACAGUCCUGAACAAACCUGAACGUGCCCUUUAUAUUUUUACCUGGCUCGAAGAAUGAAUGUUCUGUCCUCUUUUUCAGAAAUGGAAUGAAUACGUGGAAAAAUUUGUCGGGAGCGAAGAGGUGUCUACAGAAGUUAAGGAUCAUUUACAGAGCAAACCUAUCUUUUUACCUAGGUAGAACUGAAUGUAUGAUGUUGCUACAAGACACUUAUUUUCGAUGACUUAUUUUAAUACAAGGAAGUUUAACACAACAACAUCACAGCUGUGCGCUGAAAUUGACACUUCACGCCCUGACACAAUUAAGUCUGAAAGUUUUGUAAAGGCUUUCUCAUUUAACAGGGGCAACCUUGCGGCACUUUAUUUUUGCUAUUUCUAUUAUUCCGAUAACUAAGAAAGGCAAUAAAAAAAAUUUGAAUUUUAGUGCGCCUGUAUUUUGACUAAGAUAAACGCAAGAAUUUUGAAUGCAAUUGCAUAGAAUAGAACAUGUUUGUUCUCUUUGAGAAAAGUAUACUGGACUAAUUGCCAAAAUUGUGUCCGCAGAAACUAAGUGCCAUGACGCAGGUGCCGAUGCAUCAAGUUAGUUAUUAGGCCUCUCCACUGCGCUAAACGACUCGUGUUGGUGUGUUUCGUUUCAGAACGGUGCGCUCCAACUCGCGAAUGAAAUCCGCCACCCAAAACAAUGAAAAGGAGUCCACUACGAAUGAUAACGGCUCCUCAACUGAUGAGGCCGAGAGUGAAGGAAAUAACAGGUAUUAAAGAGUUCAUCAUUUCAGAAAGAAGCUGGUUACAAGUAUCGUCCUUGUUCCAAAGUGAAUCUCUUUGCGGACUCUGGUUUACAAUGGCGUUGCCAUUGUAACGUAAAUGAACAGUGUCGCGAAAUUUAUCGAAAUUCAAACAGUGGAAACCGCCAGAAAACUGAGUGAAGGUUAAGAUAACAGAGCAAAAACAAAAAAAGGCACGGAUGGACAAACUUGAAGGAAAUUUAAAUGAGGUUAAAUAAAUAUUUAUUUCACACAGUUAACCACAAGGAACAUGAGCGUGGUCAGCGGUCAGUCGUUUGGCUCAAGCGCGGUCAGCCUUGCUUGCGUCACCUCCAUGUGCUCAGUACAGUGUUUUCGUGGCGGCCAGUUUCUUCGUUUAGCCUUUGGAUCAUUAUUUUACCCCCCUCCCGAAUUCUUCCACUGUUAAAUCAGUGUGACUUGUGCCUUGUUCCUUUGGCGUGGGAGCUCAUGGCUGUAAAUCCUGGUGGGAAAUUCAAAUCGUUCGCCCCAUUCCUUUUGGGAAGCUUAAGGAAAUAAGGCUGUCGUUGGAGGCGAUGCAGUUUCUACACCUUUAGUCUGUCCAGCCGAUUUGGAUACACUUUCUAGUGGGUCCUUUUUCCACAUGGUCCAAUUCAGUUGCUAGUUUUUGAAUCGGAUAGUUUGUUUUAAUAGUAAGGAACCCUUGUCUCUGUUCUAUAAACUCAUAGUUUACCUCUACGCGUUGUAUGUUCUUAGAGAUAUAAACUCACCAACAGUUAAAAGCUCUUUUUGCCACCGCUUGUCUGUCUAAAGGGUCCGAACGUUGUUUGUUUCGUUUCCAGUGAAAAAGAGGAAGAAAAUGAGGAUGUCGAGGACAUGGAAGUGGAAAACUCAAUGGAGUGCAAGCUGAGCUUGAAUUCGUACAAAAUUCGCUUUGUAAAAGGCAGCGAGGAUUACUUGUACAGACGGCAAGCUUUGAAAAGAGCUAAGGAGGUUAGUUCUUCAUUUUUUGAAAAUAAGUGUGUAAAAAUAUGUUUAUAGCUGUUAGUCCAGAAGUCUUGUUUCAAACAGCUGCGUUUUAAUUCUAGAAUGGGAGAUGGUGCGGAAAAGAAAAUGAGCCUCUUUCCUUUUCGCUAAAAAAGGAAGAAACGAACGAACACUGUAAACGAUUAUUUUAAAGACGCGAUGAGACAAAUCUCCAUUUACCACCGAAAAGUACGAGUUGUUACCGUUGCCGUGGGGAACUCUAUUCUGUGACCGAGCAUUCGAGGGGAGGAGGUUGCACCCGCCCACGAGCGGGGAGUCGCUAAGCUUUAAAAAAAGACCGGGGCCCGAAACGUCCACUUUUGAAUCGCCUUUGGGUAGCCAAUUGACGUUAUUAACCCAGUUAAUAAUAAUAAUAGACUAUUGCAUUACUUGGACUCCCAUGGGGUACACCUGGAUUUCAAGUGAGGGGGGACGAUCCAAGUAUUUCUGGGUUUGAAAUAUUCGAUUCCGGGAUUUUUCUGGGAAGGAAAAUGUUUUUGGAGUGGCUUGAAGUAGGAAUUUUUGAGUAUUCAGAACAAUCUGAACAUUCGUGAUAGUGCCCGCGUAUCCCGGCUGCGUAGUUCUGCGAAUAAAGUACAACCAAACUUGUUUUGCAGCUGUUUUAAUAUUUAACGUAUUACAUUGCAUUUGUUUCGUAAAACCGGGGUGGUCUUGCUUAGAGUUGUCAUUCUGCAUAGUGUUAUUGUUGAAACAGCAGAUGCUCUUGGGUGUCUCGAAAGUUGUUAAAAUGGCUACUAGAUGCGGAAAAGAUAACUUCAGAUGGCAUGAUGAUUAAAGAAACACGAAUAUUCGAUUUCUAAUGUUUUUCUUUUUUUCGUGCUAUAUCAUUUAAUGCUUCCUGGAAAUUUUCAAGGCUUGGAAAUCCAUCAUGGGAUUUUUUGGAGGUAAAUUUUUGGCCCAGGGACUUUUUGGGGGGUUUUGACUUUGGUCCAUACUCGAUCUUCCUCGUCACUUGAAAUCCGUACCCCCACCACCCCCUGGGCAGGGACUGUUAUUGUUUUCUUUGUCUUGGGCUUGUCAUUUGUAUAUUUAUUUUUUGUUUGUUUGUUUGACAGUGUCACCCGGUAGUGGCCAAUCGUCUUCACUCCAGAUUCCAAUCAUGGCUAAGUGACUGGGUGAAAAGUAACGUGACAGGAGACCAGGAGGGUCGAUGUCGUGACUGGCUUCUGGGUAAAGUAGACGGGCUCCAUCCCUGUACCACCACCUGCGAAGUUGUCACCAGCGCGGCCAUUGAGCAUAACAAAUACUCUGUCAAGUGGGAUAAGGAUAAAAAGGACAAGCAAGAGGUUGCACAAAACGACAACAAAGAAAGUGAACAGAAGACUGCUUCGUAG